AUGGCUGCUUCUGGCACUUUUCCAAACUACAACGUCGACCUCUCUCACGUGGAGGAUCCCAACGAACGCCGUCGGCAGGCCCUCGCCCGCAUUGACAAUGCCCCUUUCGGAUGGCGUCAUGCUCGCGCGGUCGUCGUGGCUGGAGUGGGCUUCUUCACCGACUCCUACGACAUCUUCGCCAUCAAUCUUUGCUCGAGCAUGCUAGGCGUCGUCUUCUGGCAGGACGCGGCCACCCGUCCUGGAAAGAUACCAUACAGCUCCGACACUGCCAUCAAAGUCUCUACCUCGGCAGGUACUGUUAUCGGCCAGUUGUUUUUUGGAUGGCUAGCAGAUAUUGUCGGUCGCAAGCGCAUGUACGGGAUCGAAUUGAUCAUCAUCAUUCUGGCCACCCUAGCGCAGUGUCUGUCCUCGAGCUCUCCCGCCAUGUCCAUCACAGGCCUUUUGGUCUUUUGGCGUACAGUCAUGGGUGUGGGGAUUGGUGGGGACUAUCCGUUGUCUUCAAUCAUAACCUCGGAGUUCGCGAAUACAAAGCGCAGAGGGGCCAUGAUGGGAGCUGUCUUUGCUAUGCAGGGGUUUGGGCAGUUUGCUGCUACUAUUGUGGCCUUGAUUGUGACGGUGGGCUUCAAGGACUCUCUGGAAUCUGCAUCCUCGGUGAGCAAAUGCAGUGGUGUCUGUCAGCUGGCCGUCGAUAAGAUGUGGCGGGUGGUCAUAGGGUUCGGAGCGGUUCCGGCCUGCGCUGCGCUCUACUUCCGCCUGACUAUUCCGGAGACUCCGCGUUACACGUUCGAUGUCGCGAGAGAUCUGCUCAAGGCGGACGAAGAUGUCGAGGCCUACAUUGAGGGCAAACACGAAGGUCAUCCGGACGAAGUCAAACGGGUGGCGGUGCUACAGAGCGUGGAUAUUGGACUGGUCACCCCAAAGGCUAGUUGGUCGGAUUUCUGGUCCCAUUAUCUGACCUGGAGCCACGGCAAGGUGUUGCUGGGCACGGCAGGCUCUUGGUUCUUCCUUGACGUUGCCUUCUAUGGCCUUGGACUCAACAACUCGAUCAUUCUGACCGCCAUUGGCUGGAAUGGCGGGAGUACUGUGUACGAAUACUUCUACCGCAACGCCGUGGGCAAUCUGAUCUUGAUCUGUGCUGGGGCCAUCCCUGGAUACUGGGUGACGGUCGCCACAGUCGACUGGCUUGGCCGCAAGCCAAUUCAAAUCACCGGGUUUGUCAUUCUAACGAUUCUCUUUAUCGUCAUUGGGUUUGCCUAUGAGCCAUUAAAGAAGUCGGAUAACGGGUUGCUGGCAAUGUACGUAGUGGCACAGUUCUUCUUCAACUUCGGGCCUAAUGCCACGACGUUCAUUGUGCCGGGGGAGUGCUUUCCCACGCGAUACCGGUCGACGUCGCAUGGGAUCAGUGCUGCGUCUGGCAAGAUUGGAGCGAUCAUCGCGCAGUGCGUAUUUGGCCCGCUGGCGCAUCGGGGAGCGAAAGGAGGUGUUAAUUCAUCGGACACGCCAUGGCUCAACCAUGUGAUGCAGAUAUUUGCACUCUUCAUGCUGUGCGGGUGCUUUACCUCGUUUCUGAUCCCAGAGACCAAGCGGUUAACCUUGGAGUAUCUGGCUGGGGAGCGGGAGAUGCCUACACCUACUGCAGCCACGGGACCGCAGCCAAAGAGUGGGCAUGGGGAUGCAGCCGUGCAUGCUAGUUGA